UAUAUAUAACCUUCGGAAAGCUGCUGGGCAUGCGGCAUGCGUGGAACGCUUCUUGCGAAUCCUCUUCGAUCUUGCGUGGGACGGCUCACCGCAUGGGACCGGGGCACCGGAGCCCUGAAUGAGCGGUUUCCAGCGCUGAAGCUGCAGCUGCUCGAGGAGCGCGGAGCGCGCGGCUCGCAGUGCGGAGCGCUGCUGCUGCUGGGAGCCCUCCACGACCAGGACGACGUGGCCCAGCAGGUUCAAGAGGCCAUCGAAGAUCUGCGGCCAGAUCAUGUGGGCCUUGAACUCUGCGAAAGGCGCUUUGGGAGGAUGUUCCCCAUGGGUCUUGAGCACUUUGGAGAGAUGACCACGGAGGAAAGGCGCCGCUUCCUGGCGCAGCUGCGCUCGGGGAAGGACCAGCUCAGCGCGGCCUUGGCGGCGCAUCGCCUCGGCGUCCCGGUGGCGCUCUGCGACCGAGAUGUGCGCAUCACCGAGGACCGCUUACUGAAGCACUUGGAGGUGCCCAUGCUCCGAGCAGGUGCUUUGGGUGCGCUGGGUUGGCCAAGCUGGUCCGACCCGAUAGAGGUGGAGGAGGCUCUUGAAGAAGCCGUAGCCAGCUGCAUUUGGAAUGAGAGGGACCUGGUGAUGGCCUCGCGCUUGCGGAGCUUGGUCUCUGGCGGUCGCCUCGUCGUGGCAGUGCUGGGCCCAAGGCAUCUGCCCGGCAUUGCUCGGUGCUGGGCCCACGAGGUGGAUCCCGCACGUGUCGAAGCGUACUGCCAACCGGUGCAGCUCCCCCUUUGGCGUCGAAUCCUGGGGCGGCCCAUUAUCUGGCGCCUGCGUGGGUGGGGGAAAGAUGAGCGAAGCAGUGGGCGUGAGAGUUAGGAGACAGACGGCAAAACCAUGGAAACGCCUUUACGGUGUGGAUUGGAUUUUCUAUGAUUUUCUUCUUGUCCCUCUUCUGUUUGGCUCAGGGACGUUCAGGCUUUUUGGCAGAACAGCGC